AUGGAUCAACCUCUUUUAUCAUGCCCCAUUGAUGCAGAGCCUCUUGACCGCUAUAGAAGAGGUGGCUACCACCCAAUCAUCCUGGGCUGUGUCUUAGGAAAUGGGAGAUAUAAAAUCUUGCAUAAAUUAGGAUGGGGCGGUUACUCCACAGUUUGGGUUGCAAGAGAUCAAAAGGAAGAGACUUACGUUGCUGUUAAGAUCUGCAUAUCUGAAGAAGCAAACGAUAGCAACCUGCGAGACCUCGAUAUUUUAAAUAAAGUGACGUCAAAACAGCCCAGCACUCCACAUGUUAUGCGCAUCCUCGAUCACUUUGAUUUAGAUGGACCUAACGGAGCGCAUCACUGCCUAGUCCUUGAGCUCUUAGGCCCGAGCGUCCCCGAUGUGAUAGAAAGUCGUUUUAGGGAUGGAAGACUUCCCGGAGCUCUCGCCAAGGCUGUUACCAAACAGGCUCUGCUUGGACUCGACUUUCUCCACGAUCAGGAAAUUGCACAUGGGGACCUCCACACUCGCAACUUAGCAUUUGACAUAGCCCCCAUGGACAACCUGACGGAAGACGAAGUCAUCAAGAUACUAGGUAAACCAGAAAUCGGACAUGUUCACAGAAAUGAUGGUCAGAGUUUAGGGCCUGGUAUACCAGAGUAUAUUGUUAGGCCUGCAAGUACAUCCUCAUGGCCUUUAUCACACACAAUCAAGAUAAUUGAUUAUGGGGAAUCCUUCUCGCAGCAAAGUGUCCCUCGGACUCUUCACACGCCAUUGGAGGUCCGGGCACCGGAGGUUAUAUUCCAGGACAGUCUGGAUUAUCGUGUAGAUCUCUGGAGUUUGGGGUGUAUGCUGUUCGAACUAUUUACCGGCCAACCUCCGUUCGAUAGCUUGUUUACAACACCCAAGAUUAUUGUUGGGCAAAUGCAAGAGAUAACGAAUGACGCGCUACCCGAAAGGUGGCUGGGUGCAUGGGAAACGAUGCGUGGUAGCACUAUCAUGGAAAGCUCAGGGCCCAGACUACAAGAAUGGCUGGAGGAGGUAUACUUUGAUAAUGAGAAAAAAGAAGACUUGACAAAGGAGGAUAUUGUUCAGCUUGGACAUAUUAUCCAAAGUUUACUACGGUUCGAGCCGUCUGCCAGGGCAUCGGUGAAGGAAGUUCUAAACGAUCCUUGGUUUAGAAACUGA